AGUUCCUUGCUGUAACAGAGCAAAUAAAGCGAGAUAACGGGCCGUGGACAGCGGGCUAAAACUUUUUAUUCUGACAUAUCAGAGCAAUGACUUCUGUGUGAUUAUAAACCUGGGACACGGAUCCCAGCGAAGGAAUAGGGUCUGUGCUGGAAGAAGAGAGAGAAGCGCUGAUUUUUUUGGGUGUGGAAAACCGGACGGCGCAUUCACAGUAGAUUCUGAACAAGUUUGCCUUUUCCAAAAGUAACAGUAACAACAUGAGCUUGUUGUCUGCUAUAGACACCAGUACCUCAGUGUACCAGCCUGCACAGCUUCUCAACUGGGUUUACCUUUCUUUACAAGACACGCAUCAGACGAGUGCCUUCGAUGCCUUCCGACCCGAGCCCAACUCUUCCCAUCCGGACCUGAACUACAGCAAAACUCCUGCCAAUGACCUGAGCUCCUCUCUCAACUCCAACUAUCUCAACAACUUCUUUCAGCUGCAGAGGAAUGAGGCCCUGAAUAAUGGUUUAUACAAAAGCGUGUCCCCGUACGGCUCUCUUAACAACAUAGUGGACGGGCUGAACUCUCUAACGGACCACUUCUCCGACCUCUCCCUGUCCUCUGAGCCACGCAAGCCCAGCAAGAGACCUCCACCAAACUACCUGUGCCAUCUCUGCUUCAACAAGGGACACUAUAUCAAAGACUGCCCGCAGGCAAGACCCAAAGGCGAAGGACUGACUCCAUACCAAGGCAAGAAGAGGUGCUUUGGUGAAUACAAGUGCCCUAAGUGCAAAAGGAAGUGGAUGAGUGGAAACUCCUGGGCCAACAUGGGACAGGAAUGCAUCAAAUGCCAUAUCAAUGUUUAUCCUCAUAAACAGCGUCCUUUAGAGAAACCCGACGGCCUGGAUGUUUCCGACCAGAGCAAGGAACACCCGCAGCAUCUGUGCGAGAAGUGCAAAGUCCUGGGCUACUACUGCCGCCGCGUGCAAUAAGGAGGAUCCCGAAGGUCAUCUCCGCCCUUUCUUAUCGCUUCACCUACCAAGUGCUCCAAGAAAAAGUGAAAAGUGCCAAAAUAUUCAUGUAAAUAUCUCUAACGCUAGUAAUGGCUUUGUGUAUCAGUAGCAUGCAACGCAUUUAUUGUGUAUAACGGACGAUUGAAUAUGUUCGGGACAGUAUUUCUAUCCGUACGGGACGCGGUGGAUUACCUCACCAUUGCGUCCCCUGAUUGUGUGUUUACAGACUCUCCCUUCAUUCUCCCUGCCAAGUGAACUACGAGGAUGUGCCGAGCACUAAAGGUGUCGCGCUAGUUUGCUCGAACAAGGGCCCAGUGUGCCUUUGCAGAGUUUUUGGGUCAAUAGCACAUCAUAUUAACUGUGAAUUAACAGAGGGACAAUGGACUUUCCAUCCCUAGCUUUUGUGUCACAUAUUUAUUUAUGUUUGUAUAUCGUUUCGUAGUGCAAUUGAAUUAACUAAACUGGGAUAAUUUCAUCUGUGUUUAUAUCUGGACAGGUUUUGUCUAACCCCACCUCUUGCCAUUAGAAACUACUGUAGAAUAGAACUUUCUAAUGCUUCGGAUUAGCACGUCAGGUCGUUUAUAUCUUUCACGUACUUGUAUGAAUUGCCAAAUGCGAGAUAUUUUUGUCAAGUUGGUUAAAUGCAGCCCUGGAGGCAUUUGAAUGGAGUUGUUGGCAACUAUGCAAAACCAUUGCAGCUUAUGCAGAGUCAUCGGCUCCUUUACAUUGUUGUGGAGUGGACGACCGAAACAAAGCCAUGGCUAGCUGAUCGUCACCGUCCUUUGAAAUGUGAUUAUGUAUGUUGUUGCCAGAGAACUGCUUCAAACGUCUUAGUGUUUUGGUACAGGGGUCAAAAUGUGAGUUUUCAGUCCAUGCGCUAACAUUUCAAAACAUAUAACGCCUGUUCUUCGCUGAGAUAUUGCCUCAGGAUAAAGAGUGUGUCUGAAUGACACAUCUCAGAUGAAAUAGCGUGCAUGUGUCUUACAUAAACACUGCUCUAGAAAAUGUCAUUAAUUCAUUUCAUUAUGUAACUUUUAUGAUUAAAUUCAAAAUGCGUCAUUCACAUCCUUCGCUCUUAAAAAAUAAAGGUUACAAAAGGUUUCCACAGCAGUGCCACAGAAGAACCUUUUGUGUUAGCAAACAGUUUUUAGAAGUUCUAAAGAACCCUCUUCCACUUUUCCAACGAAACCUUUGUGCAAUCGAAUGUUAAAUGGAGAGCGCAGAUGCAUAAAAAACCUUUAUUUUAAAGAGUUUUCAAUUUGACCCUUGCACUAAAAUGUAUCAUUAAAGAAAUUCUCCGUUGUUUACACAAGCAUUCUGAUCAUGCUUCAGAAUGAAAUCCUUAAUUUUGAACGUUUUUAAUCGCCUAACCCCAUAUAUGUAUGUUUAUUCAUUAGCUGCAGAUGUUUAAACUGUGAUUUUUGGGAAGCAUUUUCGAUCUGAGUGGACAAAUAUAUGGUUGUAAAGGGAAAAGAAGGACAAAGUAAGUAAUGCUGAAGAGUUUUUCGGGUACAUUUGAUUGAUCAGAAGACUUUUGGAGAGAGAUGUGUUAUUGAGGAUGUUAAUAUUAAGAUGGAAGUGUGUACAGUUACCUCUUGUUAUGGCUCACACAAAGUACUAAUCGAUCAUAUUUGAGUGCGAGUCAGGAUUAUCGAACAAUAAAUGUAUCUUUACGUGUUCCAGUGAUAAGUCGUAGACGGAUAUUGUGAGAUUUGACAUCGUUGCGUUGUUAAUCCUAGAUGUACAUAUGAAGUUAAACACAUUUACAUGGUAAAUACAAUGUGUAUAAUUGUUUACUUAUCUUUGGAGUCCACAUAUUUUCUGGUGAAUAUUAGAUAAUGCUUCAUUUAUUGGGAUAAACUCAGAUGAAGAUAGGAAUUUUGUCUGAAGGGAAUGUUUAGUGCCUUACCACAGUUUGGUUAUGAGAAGUCAGGAUUUUCGCCAAGGAAUGUCAUGUAUGAUGCUGAGGAAGUAAAAGAGCCGAAUAGAUGUCUGAAAUAUAAACCAGCUCAUUUUACUUUGAGUUUCUGAUGAGAAAUUCAAGGAAUAUAAACUGCCAGGGAGUCAAUCAUUGGAUCACCGUUGAAUAAAAACAAGGCUCUGUAAGUCGCUACUUUGUUCUUUGGACGUCAUCAUUGUUUCUGAGAGCCGUUAUUUCUUGGUAACUGUGUUUUUCUGGUGUUGCUAAUGGCUUCGCUGUGGGUACAUUCUUACACGCCAAGGUUUACUUCAGGCCUCAUUUAGGGUGGAAUGAGUUACUCUGCUUUUUGAUAAACACCGUAAUGAAUGGCGUAAUGAAAAUAACCAGUGGGAAAAAAAAGAAAAAAAAAAGGAUUACCUUGGAUUCAUCAUAAUCAUUGCUGUUCACCCAUAGCUGGUAGCCUACACAUAACAAUUCCCUUGCAUCUUUGGGAUCAAUGACCGAAUGCACCACUAGAUCAAGGCCUUGUUAUUAAAUUUGCUUUGUUAUUGCAAAAUAGUUGCAUUGCACUAUAUAUACGUGACUAAAAUGAAAACAGUGAGUUUUGUAAAUGUUUUACGUGCAGAUUUACGUAAAUGAGCUUCCCCUAUUGAAAGAAAGACAGAGCUUGUGGUAUUGAGAGUGUACAUGCAUUUAAAACUAUACAAAGUGCUUUUUUGCGCAUGUGUUUUUGUCUUGAAAUACAUAUACUUGACUUUUAUAGCUCACUUUCAGUAUAAACGUGUUAUUUUCUAUUAAAGGUAUGUGUAUUUUGGAAACAAUAUAGAUAAUGAAGAUUUUGGAGCAGUUUGAUAUCCAGACAAGAUUUUUGUUCGUUUUUACCCUUAUAAAGAUACUAGUAUGUGUUUUGUGUAUAUAUUCGAUUACCAUCAUUAUCAAGUUAGCUAUUUCAAAAUGUUAUGAUGCAAUAUUAAAACUUUGUAUGUGAAAAAGGGCAAAAUGCUGAGAUGCAAAAGAGCUGGGAGUUUUGUUGUUUCCUUUGAUGUUUUACAAUAAUCGUUGGUUAUAUCCUACAGAAAUAUUUAUGGAAGGAUUUUGUUCUUUUUUUUAACAAUUCAAUUCUUUUUUGUAUAAAAUAUGCAACAGAAGCUACUCUAUGAAGAAAAUAUUGAUGACUACAUAGAAUAUUAUUCAAAAGUUGGUACAUAAUUAUUACGCCCUUACAAGCCAUUUUAUUUGUGUUUUGUUAUUCUAGAUGUUAUCGGUAUAUAGUAACCGUACCUUUUACGAGCAUACUUGUGCUUCGGCGUUGUUUCGAAUCUUUGCGUGUCUGCUAUACAGCAUGAAUGUUUUGAUUUGCAUUUAUAGGAACCUAUAACACUCGUUCUAACAUCACAAACAGCUGUUUUUUUUUUUUUUUAUAAAAUAACAGAGACUGACUCACACACUGUAAGUCGUAGGGCCUUUUUACUGCGGUGUUUUCUAGACGCAAAACAGUGGCAAAAAGACGUGAUUAACUCCAGUCAUUGACCAUAACACUGAAUUGCACGUACAAAGCUUGUGUUAGUGAAUCAGGCCCAUACUGUAUGAAACUGUGAGCUCUAGUUAGCCGUCUCCAGUUACUGCCAAGUCCAGGAAUGAUGUCGAAAUAUUUUUCCUCGUAUGUAAAAAUGGAAAAAAAUCAAAGACUAUUUUUCGAACAAGUGUGUGGGACUGAAGUUUGCAUGUGCAUGUUUUUUAAACCGUUUGUGCAAUGUAUUCUUAUUUAAUAUUAAUACUUGUUUAAUUCUUGCCAAGGUAUCUUUUGUAGAAUACACCUCUCUAAUUGUUAGUCAUUAAUAAAUGCCUCUAUUCACUCCUAGGAUUUCCAGUACCAUUACUAGAUUUACUGAAUGUACUGAUUUAACACUCAUGUUUGUAAUGUCUGUAAAAUAUUUGUCAUCAUAUUGGAGUGGACCGAGCGACAGAAAGCGCCGAUGAGGGGAAUGUACUAGGAUGUGGGACGAGCUGAAAUCUGUCGCUCCGUGUCCAUGAAACGGCAUUCCGAUAUGUGCCUUAUUUGUUAGUUAGGAAAACUGAAGACUGUGCUUUUAGAAGUUUGUUCGAUUAAAACAUUGACUAAAUGAA